UCUACGAAUAUCGAUCUCAGCAUGCAUUCCUUGACUUUUUCAAUUACUUUAAUAAGUUUAACCUUAUUAACAGUCAGAACAUUUCGUGAGAUAAUCUUGUAAUUAGCUCAUGUGAACGAUAGAUAUUUGUCUGUCACGUAGGUGAAAGGAGUGGUAUAUAUAUCUGAAAGAAACUGAUUUUACAGAAUUCACUUGUUUCAAACAUUCAGCCAGGUUGAAAAGGCCGAGAUGAUACCAAAUAUGAUUGCUGUGAUAACGGGGCUGAUAUGUAUCAUGCCUGCUGUAUAUAGUGCAUUUACAGAAGAGCAAACAAAAACAAUGCCGAAAGAAAACAUUUUUGAGUUUGCAUCAUCACGCAACAUGCUUGGAGGUGAUUACGAUGAUAAAAGAGGAUUUUGGGAUAAAAGAGGUUAUGGUGAUAAAAGGUCAGAGGUAAUAUCUGAGAAAUCAUUACAAGACAAAGUGUGUGAACAGUAUCCCAGUAUUUGUCUAUUAGGAUUGAUAGGACCAGAUAAAUUAUCUCGGGACGCACGUACUGGUGGCCUAAUUUUAACGAAACGUGGGUAUGGCGACAAGCAAAAAAGAGGUUUCUGGGAUAAACGUGGAUUUGGAAACAGAAGAGAGAUAAAUGACAAGCGAGUUGGACGGUUUUAUCCGUUGAUGUUACUUCCAAACAGUGCUUAAAUAACUAACACUUAAAACAUAUUGUUAUCUUAAAUAAAAACACUAAAUAAAUUUGGAAUUUAA